UGUGCACAUUUCUCUCCCCCAAAAGUCGGCACUAGAAAUAACCACUACUGUUUGGGAAACACGCUGCACAUUGUGUCAUGAUUUUUUUGAUUUUUGAUUUUUCAACGAGUGUCUUGUCGGAUUCGUGACCCGCCGUGCAUGAUGUGGACUUCUCUGUUGUGUUGUUGUUUUUUUCCGCUCACAAUCCUAACCUUCUCUUUGCUUUGCUUCCAUGGCCACGUAAUGUGUGCGGAACUUGGUCUGUGCACCUGCGUCCUAAGAUGGAGGAAAGAUGAGGGAUGGUAGUGAUGAUGAUGAAGAAGCCCACGAUACUAUAUGUGGCUUUCAUUGUAAUUGGCUGCACAUUCGACUACAUUUUCUAUAAAGACUUUUUUUUUAAAUUAAGUUUUGCUGUUAUUUUGUGCUAAUGGCUAACGUGUCGAGGUUGUUCGCAGGGAGUAUUAGCAUGUGAAUUGAACAGUUUACUUGUGUCUUCAAAGUAUCCACAUUUGCAAACUUUAUUCAAUAAUACAAGGCUUGCAGUGUAUUUUUGAAUGUGUAAAGUGCUCCAUUCUUUAAAAUUCAGUUGAAAAUUGUCAAAACUGUCUCGUAACAAAAAAACAUGACAUUUGAUUUCCUCGUAUUUCAUCUGGCCUCAUAUAGUGUAGGGUCCACUGUAACUCUUUGAUCUGAUGCACUACUGAUAGAUAUGAUGACCACUUUUUUUGUUGUUGUUUUCCUCUGUUUUCUUUAACGUGAAAUGUAGCCUGGUUUCGAAGGAUUACAGAAUUAGGUUAUUGGUGCCUUAUGCUGUCACUGGAGACUAUAGCUUGCAUGCAGCUCAGGCCGAGCUCACCUCUGCGUUUUUACUUACCUUAAUGGCAAACCUUUCUAUUUAUUAGGGACUGAAUAGCCUGUGGCGAGGACAGCAGGUGCCGGAGGAGAGAGUGUAAUAAACAUGUUGGAGGAGCAGCUGGGGCUAAAUUGCACCCUCGUCAUUCAAAGCCUAUCAGAAAUCUAAGCUAUACAAGCAAAGGUCAGGGUCCUGCAGGCUUUCAAUGGAGAGCCGGCAUUUCAAAUGACAGGCUUGGAAAUAAUGAAUUUCAUGCCUUGUGUUGAAAAGGGAAAAAAGCAAAAGGAGUUUUGAUAAAAACAAUGCAAAACUUACAAUCUUGUGACAUGCAAAACUCUGCAGUGCCAGUGCUACUGUUCUAUUUGAUAAGCAGCGGUGACACAUUUGUUGUUCCUCAGAUGCUGAGGUCAGGGUGGCCCUCAGGGGAGCUUCUCCAAAAGCUGUUACUAUGCUCUCCUACAUGGCUUCCCCUCUGUGCCAUAACUGCGUGAACCAGGCAUUUGUCUUGAUUCCAGCCUUUUAACAGCUCUUUAUACAGUAUCUAACCUCUAUCGUCUUCAGAUGUAGCAACUAGGCUUUUUUUCCCAAUGUGAUUUUAACAUUUCCUCCUCCACAACUUUUGAUUUGUGAUUCUCUUUCUGCUUCUUUGAGCAUCUAAUCACAUUGUAUUGUGACUAAAUCCCUCUUUCCAGGAGCGUGAGUGUACAGCUGGCCUAGCCCCGUAUGUACACUUAAUACUGUUACAGUCAGCCCACUCUGGUAUUUAAUCUAACUAUGGAUUUAGGGCUCUUUGCUCCAACAUCCCAACACAAAAAUGAGUUUCGGGGCGAGCUGGUAAACCAGCGGUGGACGCGAGGCGAGAGGACCAGCAGCCGCUGUCAGGCCUCCCUAAGACUGCAGAGCCGUCGACCAAUCAUGAUGAGUGUAGAAAGUGAUGACAAGCGAACUCGCACUCGGUCCAAGGGAAUCAGAGUUCCUAUUGAGCAUGUAGGACAGGAGCUGAGCUGCCCCACCCCUGGAUGCAAUGGCUCUGGCCAUAUCAGUGGGAGAUACUCACGACACAGAAGCAUUCUGGGAUGCCCCUUAGCCAGAAAGCGCCGACUUGAGGAGGCAGAGGCAGAGCAGGAACAGGAAAUGGAGCGGCCGACAUCCAAGAGGAAGUCCCACCCCCUCAAACUGGCUCUGGAUGAGGGUUUCAGCGCAGAAAGUGAUGUCAGUAGUGAAGGUGAGGGAGAGGGCGAGACGGAUGGAGAGAACAGAAGCAGAAGCAAGGAGGAUGAGGACGAUAUUGACACUGCUGCAGUGGAAGAGAAGACUGUGGAAGACCUAAAACAUGAAGGACAAACAAAUGGACAAGAUGAGGAGACACAGAGUCAGCAAAAGGAGGAAGAGGAGAGGGAAGAAUCAGCAAAUCGUAAGGACUUAGAAGAAGAGUGUGUCAUCAUUGAGCCUCCAAUGACACAGGAGUGUCAGUCUCCUUCUCUGAAUGCUGAAGAAGUGGCCAACUCUCUCCUCCACCUCGGCCGAGUCCCUGCUACCGGUAACGACAACGAUGCUCCAACUGUGGCAGCCCCGCAGCCUGUUGCUAUGGAGACUGAGGGGAAUGUCACCGUGACAGUUGAACACAAUGAAAAAGUAAAGGAGCAGCAUGGUGGGAAAACGGCUGAGGCAGAGGAAGGCGUAGUAGGCAGAGGUCACGACAUGGAAGAGGCGACAGAGGAGGAGUUGGUGGAUGACCGAGGAGAGCAAGAACCUCUUGCCAAGGAGGUCCACCAUGAACCCACAGCAGAUGAAAAGGAGGAGACAGCAGUGUCAGCACAGCAGAGAAAGAACACACCAGAAGAGGAGGAGAAAGAUGAGGAGGUGAACCCAAAUGUACCAACUGCUGUCCGCACCAGCACCAGCACCACAGCAGCUCAGGGACCACGCAUCAAGACUGAAGACCACAGGGUCAGUCCUCUGGAGGACUACAACACACAUGACAACUACGGCGUGACUACAGCCACUCCACUUGAGAGUUAUGACUCCCACAAACCACUUCAUAACUACAAGGCCUGCCUUCCUUUAAACUACAUCUCCCACGUGGCCAGUCCACUUGAGAACUACUCACCAAAUCCCAGAGGGGAUAACUUUCAAAUCCACAAAGUCUCCCACUCUGCUUCCCCUGACAUUAUCGAGGUGCAUUCUGACAAGUCUGAUGAGAAAGACUUUGAUGAUGUAGAUGGUGACAAUGAGCACGAUGACGAGGACAGCCUCUCCCAGCGCUCCACCGUCACAGAUGAGUCCGAGUUGUUUGACAUGACCCGAGGGAACCUGGGCCUCCUCGAGCAAGCCAUUGCUCUCAAGGCGGAGCAGGUGAAGCCGGCCGGGCCCAGGGAGCUGCUAGGUGUGCCCGAUAUACAGCAUCACAGAUAUUUCACCAUGGAAGACCGGCCUAAGCACCUUGAUGUCAUCAGAAAGAGCUACUUCAAAGAGAGUAUUCGGCCAGAGAAGAGGGAGAUCAAGUGUCCCACCCCAGGGUGUGACGGAACAGGUCAUGUGACUGGCCUGUACCCCCACCACCGUAGCCUGUCAGGCUGCCCUCACAAGGACAGGAUCCCCCCUGAGAUUCUGGCCAUGCAUGAGAAUGUGCUGAAAUGUCCAACUCCUGGCUGCACUGGUCAGGGCCAUGUUAACAGCAACCGAAACACACACCGCAGUCUUUCAGGAUGUCCCAUUGCAGCGGCAGAGAAGUUGUCCAAGACCCACGACAAGCAGAUCCCUCAGCCUGGGAGCGACCUCCUCAAAGGAAGUCCCAAUGACAGAGUUCUCAGGCCCAUGUGCUUCGUAAAGCAACUGGAGAUGCCCCAGUAUGGUAGCUACAGGCCCAACAUGGCGCCAACCACACCCCGCGCCAACCUGGCCAAGGAGCUGGAGAAGUACUCCAAGGUGUCCUUCGAUUAUGCAAGCUUUGAUGCUCAAGUGUUUGGGAAGCGUAUGCUUGCACCAAAGAUGCCCACCAGCGAAACCUCACCCAAAGCCUUCAAAAGUAAGCCCUCAUUCGCCAAGUCAUCGUCGCCCAGCCUUAGCCUCCAAGGUUAUGGCAAACCUUCCUCCUUGGCCUAUGACUACUCCCAUGAUGCCGAAGCUGCCCACAUGGCUGCUACCGCUAUCCUCAACCUGUCUACACGGUGCUGGGAGAAACCUGAGAACCUUAGCACCAAGCCACAGAACAAGGAAAUGGACAUUGAGGUGGAUGAGAAUGGUACUCUGGACCUGAGUAUGAAGAAGCCCAUCAAGCAUGAGGGCAGCCUGUCUGGCACCAGCCCGGGGGUCCGUUCCCCAGACCCUUCUUCUUCCUCAUCUUCCUCUCUGCAUCAUGGGGAAAGCAGUGGGAUGACAUCACCAAACCUACAGAGCUACAAACAGGAGGAGUGGGAGGGGCCUCUGGAUUUUACCAAACACAACCGCCAAAGGGAGGAGGAAAUGGACGAGAUGGAUCAUGCUGCACAGUCGUAUGUGUCAUCUGACCCAGAGGACAGUGACAUGAUGCAGGACUUAAUGGAGGACAGGAAGUACCCUGGAGAAGUCACAACCCCAAACUUCAAGGUCAAGUUCCAGCCCAAGGACAGCAAGAAGGAGUUGCUGUCAUGCCCAACACCUGGCUGUGAUGGCAGUGGCCACAUUACAGGGAACUAUGCAUCUCAUCGCAGUUUGUCUGGGUGUCCUCUCGCUGAUAAGAGCCUCCGGUCCCUCAUGGCGGCACACACCCCUGAACUCAAAUGUCCCACUCCGGGAUGUGACGGCUCAGGUCAUAUCACAGGAAACUACGCCUCCCAUAGAAGUCUCUCUGGGUGCCCGCGUGCCAAGAAAAGUGGAAUUAAAACUCCUACCAAGGACAACCAGGAGGACUCGGAGCUUUUAAAAUGUCCGGUGCCGGGCUGUGACAGUCUGGGACACAUCAGCGGGAAGUACGCCACGCAUCGCAGUGCCUACGGGUGUCCACUUGCAGCCCGCAGGCAGAAGGAGGGCCUCCUGAAUGGCACACCCUUCAACUGGAAGGCAUUCAAGACAGAGGGACCGACGUGUCCAACCCCGGGAUGUGACGGCUCUGGCCACGCUAACGGCAGCUUCCUCACACACCGCAGCCUCUCAGGAUGCCCCAGGGCGUUGUAUGCCAAGAAAAAAGCCAAGUUUCCCACUGAGGACUAUUUGAGUACCAAGUUCAGAGCCAGUGAUGUUCUGGACAAUGACGAAGACAUCAAGCAGCUCAACCAAGAGAUUAAUGACCUCAACGAGUCCAACAACGAAAUGGAGGCAGAUGUAGUCAACCUGCAAACGCAGAUCACUUCUAUGGAAAAUAAUUUGAAAAACAUUGAGCAAGAGAACAAGAUGAUCGAAGAGCAGAACGAGGCUCUGUUCAUGGAGCUAUCUGGUCUGAGCCGGGUCCUGAUCCGUAGCCUGGCUAACAUACGCGUGCCACACAUGCAGGAGCCCAUCACGGAGCAGAACUUCGACAGCUACGUGAACACUCUGACCGACAUGUACACCAACAAAGACUGCUUCCAGAGCCCUGAAAACAAGGCUCUACUGGAGAGCAUCAACAAAGCUGUGAAGGGUAUCAAAGUCUGAGACACACAUACACACACACACACAGACGUGGAAGAGCGAAGCUGUCCUAAAGACCGUGACAGAGUCACAGGGAUAUUGAAAUAUAUCAAGUAAUAUAAAUCAAAAACAAGAAAAAGGGAAUUCAGGUUAUAUAAAUAAACACAACCCAGGGAGCAAUCUGUGAGCAGAAAAGGACGCGGACCAAAAUCCCCAUGAUGCUGCUUCUGGGAUCACUGAAGAUGUGAAGAAGAAACGAAUCCUUCAGGCAGAAUGGAUGGACUACAAGGCUACUAUAAGCUAACGUAUCUGGGGCGUUCAUUAUGCUCUAUGGUCACUCAUAUAUCGCCUGUGUGUCCUGAGAUGUGUUUAAGGACAAUUUCACUGUUGCCCAGAUGAUCCUUUUUGUUAGUUAGUUAUUUUGUUUGUUUGUUUGUUUGUUUGUUUUUGAUUGCUUGAAACAUGGUGGAUGGCGGACUUGUAAAGGAAGAGGAGUUGAACAUUAGUUCUGUAGCAUUCACUGUGGCAAGUAUGUGUGUGUUCACCAGCUCUGAACAGCCCAGCGACCACACACACAAACACACACACACACACACACACACACACAUGCACACAAGCAAUAUGGAGCAUGCACUAAAUUCAAUGUGUGUCUGCUUUGUGUUACUACCCCACCAAAGGAGUCAAUGCGAUGUUGAUCCCAUUUUGUGAACACAUUUAAGUGGCAAGCUGAUCUAGGACCAGCGAAGGUUGCGUUCUUUCUCCAUGCGACAUAAGCAGCAGCAGAUAAACAACUUUUGUUUAAUUGUUUCAAAAAACAGACACGCGCGUAGUCAUAGUGUGCACGCAUUGCAACUUAAGUUAGUCAUAUCAAUAGUUUUUAUAUCAACAUAGGAAUUGCACUUAAUUUCAUUGAAUAGUUUUGUGGUACAAUAAUUAUUGUUAUAUAUGAAUUAUUUAAAUUUGUGAACUUUUAAAUUGUAACUUAUUGACAUUUAUGUUAUUGAGGUUUAUUUAUUUGAAGCAAUUUAUUUAUUGAAUUUGUAACGCAAAAAGAAUGCAUCUUUACUGAUUAAUAUGGAAGCAAUUUACAGAUGUCUUGAGAAUCUUUAUAGAUAAAGGUCAAGGCAUAUUUUUUUUAAAAAUACUUUUUAAAACAAAUGUUUUAUAACAAAAAUACACCUUUUGCCCAUUAUUCUUUUUUUUCGUUUUAAUUAUGUUCUUUCUGGUUCUCGUAUGUUCCUAAACACACGACUGAAAGAAAAUUGAGGAAAUAUGUAUUUAUUAUUUAUUUAAUAUGAAAGAAAUCGACUGAUGGCUGUAUAUUUAUUUUGUUAUUUAUGUGUGUGAUGUGACUAUGAUGAGUCUGAGUAGUCUUAAAGAUCCACUGACAAUAUUUAAAUAAAGACAAAAAAUCAGCACAGGUAUUGUUUGAUUACUUAGGCCUAAAUGCGUAGGUAUGCCUGGAGCUGAAAACUGAAAGUAAUUACUGUUGUCUUGCUCUCUGCUCUCUGUAUUGUUUAUGCCAGCUCAUGUUUGCUUGUGUGACAGAAAACCAAGGAAACUUAACAAAAGAAGUGACCUCCCCAAGCAUUUUGUAGCAGCCAACAUAACUCACCCCAAACUUCUGUAAUGUACUAAAGAUGCUUACACAAUGCAUUUGGUAGCUAUUUUGUAUUUGUUUUUGAUUUUUUACAUCUGUUAUUCCAGUCCAAUGAUGCAUCUGUGCACUUGUGUUAUUAAGGUUGGCUUUCAAACACACAUAUACACAUACACAAAGCAAACUGUAGGAUGGCCUCCGUUUGACAAAAAUACACACCCUUGUAGCCUUACUGUAGAUCUUUAAUUUUUUGAUGCACAAAGUGCCACUAAAAGAAAAGGAAAAAAAAAAACUCUCUUUAUUUCCAGAUUCUUGGCAUUUCUGCAAAGUUCCAAUGUCUGGUCCUGGGAAGACCAUGGCAUCGAGAGAGUGGUGAUUGUUUCAGAUGCCUUUAUUUCUCUGCCAAGAUGGCCAUAAGUACACUAUAUAUUCAUUCUGUAUAAAUAGAUUUUAAAAAUGCUAUAUAUAUGAAUAUAAACAUACAUAUAUUUUUCCAGUGUAAUUGUGGACUUGCGCUUCUACUCCUUUUCAAAGCAUCACUCGCUGUGUAGAAGAGAGGUGAGGGCUGUAAGCAAUAGGAGGCAGUUACACAAAGACCCGUUCAACUGUGGCUUUAAAUACAACACGCUGGAGUUGAAGGCAAUUAGGCAAAGUUAUAUGUUACAGUAUCCUAGAAAAGUGUUACCACUCCACCCGCUUUAUUUUAUUUGUCUGUCUUUAAUCCAGAGAUGUAAAAAGAAACACAUCUACUGCCUGUAUGUCGUACCGAAUCUGAGAUUGAUACUAGAUGUUUGGCUCUUUAUUUGUGUCAUGUAACUUCCUGUAGAGUUGAUGGGGGGGGGGGGGGGGGGGGGGAAUGGGAAAUGAGGGGCGGAAAAGAUGAUGAUGAUGAUGAUGAUGGCUCCGAAUAAUGUUCUGCACAUAUUGUUUGGCUAUGUUGUGCAGUUAUUGUAAUGUUACUGGUCACCACCAGCUGAUCCUCUUUAAUGUUGAAACAAGCAAGUAUAGGAGAAGUGUUAAACCUGCCUUUCUGAGUGGUCUGUCGCAGCUUACUGUGGUGUACAGUAUGAUCCCCGUGUGUAAUUCUGAUGUCAAAGGCAUGUUGUCAGUGUGCUUCUAGCAAAUGUAGAAUGAAACUCCUAUGUGCACUUUCUGAAGAACUGUUGAAAAUGGCAGCAUAUGAAUCCUGUUUGGUCCAAAAACAAGCCUCCGCCUUGAUUCUGUGGCCUGUACUGUCAGAAAUAUAGAAGGAAGCAAAACUGUUUCACCCCCCCACCCUUAAAAUAAAACUAAAGAGAUGAGCUGCUCGCUGAGUUUGACUCUCAGCAGAGUGACACGUCAGGUCAGCAGUCAGCUGAGGCCUGGAGCACUAAGCAAGAAGGCAUAGUGUGUGUGGGAGUGGGAAAUUGAUUUGCCAGGCUGCACAAUCGUUUUCUUUUUGGAAGUGUUUGUUCCAUAAAUAUGAAUCCAUCACUCAAAAGAAUAUCAAAGCUCUUUAUGACCCGCCCUCCCGGUCCCCCUUCUCUUCAUGUCUUGUGUAACCUUUCCUCGGGAAAGAUGGUUUGAAUGCAUUUGGUUAACGAAGUAGCAUAUUCUCUCUUUCUUUCUCUCUCUCUCUUGAAAUGCACGAGAAUACUAUCCAGGACUGAAUAUUCUCGCAAUUUAUUUAAUAUGGCAUGACCCCUUUUAAACUGCUGGAUGAAAUUGUCUGGCUAGGUAUGUAAAUUAUUAUCACAGAGGCCGUAAAAGCGUAACAUUCUCAAAAAAUGUCAGUCACAGUAGCCCAGGGGCGCUAGUUCUGUGCCCACACACUGUAUGUUUGCUUAUUUUCAUUAAAUUGCCCAAUGAUGGAGUCAGGAGUUGCAUUAUUACUGUUAUAAAUGUGGAAAUGUCCUUUACAAACAAUGUGGUCAGGGCCCACUAUUUCUCACCCCAGACUUUUUGGGGUUUUUGUUUUUGUUUUGUUUGUUUGGUUUUUUUUGACGUAGUGUCACUUUCAGGGAAACCAGCCUGGACCAAAAUCCAGCAGCGAGUUCAAAAUGUGGGAUUUGCUUUCUGGUUUUAGUUCAGGUUCUCAUCACACACAGUGUGGACCUGAGGGAGUAAAACGGCAAAGUUUGUGUGGCACUUUUCAUCAAGCUGACUAAAACCAAAAGAGCCCCCCCACCCGCAUCUCCCUCCCGCUGUAGUUUCAAGCUGUGUGGUCUUAUCAUGUGUGCCUUUCUCAUGCCACCCAUUCAAAAAUAAUGGUAUGUUUACACUGUUUCAAACACCGCUACACAGUUUGGACUGGAUCUCUUUAGUAGAGGACGUGUUAUAACAAACCCUAACAGGCAACGUUUUUGUUCAGGCAAAAAAACAACAGCAACAACAAAAAAAACUGUGAUCUCAUCUGUUGAUUCAGGUACCAAACUGCAUGGACAGUCGCUGUGAAGGAAUUUUAAAAAACAAAACAAACAAAAAAAACAACACCCCUAGAUACUGCAUCAGUGUGCAGGGCAUUAUUUUGAAACAAGUGGAAGUCUGUACAUAUUUAUAUUAAGAGGAUACAGUGUUAUAGUUGUUGUAUUGAAGACAAUUGGUGAUAAAUCGUUUCUGACAAAAGAAAAUGCAUCCACAGCCAAGGCUUGUCCUGCUAGCACAUUUUUACAGAGAUGAGCUAUUUUUACUGGUGAUUUUCUAGGCAUUGAUAUUGAUAUCUUUUUGAAUAAGUGCAAAACUUCCAAACUUAACAAGCACUUCCACAAUGAUAGAUUGUAUGGUCCUUUUUGUUACUUUUGUAGACGUGGUUGUUUCUUUGCUACUGCACCAUUUUAUAAAGUGGAACAGGUCUUGGCUGUGUGUCCUCGGGGUCUUUUUUCUUUAUGGUUUGAAAAUAUGAUUGCCUUUUUUUCCCCCAAGUAAGAUAAUGUAGUUUGGCCGAAUUUGUGACUGUGUGUUUGUGAACUUGUGUACAUGUUCCCAUGUUCCCGUGUCAGUGUUCUAACCCAGAGAAGUGAUGUCAGUUAUUGUGGGCGUAUGAAUCAUUUUAAAUGUUCUCUAUGAAACACACAAAUAAAGAAUCAUAGACAAGGA